CCGUCGGACGCGAGCGUCUCCUUGAUCUCGGCUUGUUCGUCUUGUAUUUUGCCCUGUUCUCCGAGGAGGAGCACGCACAGACACUCACUGACACUCACUGACACUCACUGACAGUCACUGAUGUUAGUGGAUGUUAGUUAGUAUUCCCCCGUUGGUUCGUUCGUAGGGACGGACGACCGAAUGAGGUGCAUUUAUGGAACGGAGUGAGAGAGAUCUCUACCAUCGGAUGUAUUCACAGUGCUAACGAGACCAACGCCAUACCGCAAAGAUGAUGAGGAUGAGGAUGACGAAAAUAAUGAUAAUACUAAUGGAAAUGAUGAUAAGAACAUUGAUGAGGAUGAAGAUGAUGAUGAUGAUGGUGAACGCUCGUGGGUGAAGAGAACAAACAUGUGCAGUGUGCAGUGUACCGGGAUAUUCCUUGUGGGAGGCGAUAUGUCAUAGAGGCCUGAGUAUCUCGCUCGUUUGAAUGGUUCUCGUCACGCCCCUGAUGAUGUCUGGAUUGACUCCAGCAUUGGCCAAGACCCAACAUGGUGUAUUCCCCUCUUUUAUUUUUGCCGGGUGCUUCAUCCAAAUUUCUUCUCAAUUCAGGCUGAAAGCAAAUAUUUGAGACCAAGAAGAUGCUGAGCCCGCCCAGUCGCUUUCAACCUUCACCUUCAAAAAAGCGGAAAUAAAUAUGGGAACAUUCGGGGACAGGUUUAUGAGAUUUUUGCCAGGAGCUCAACGUAGCUUCGCUUCUUGAAUGCUCGAUAAACGCACACUGUCUGGGAGUGCGUGCCUCAGGCGCUUUUCAAUCCGCUGUCCCCCGGUUGCGAUAAGUCUUGAUAGAUGGCGACAAAUUGUCAAAACAUCUCGAGAACAAAUUUUGCGCCUGACAUCAUUGGCCGGCAAACGGCAAAGUACUAAUAUGUACGUACGGAGAUUAUUAGCCCGACAGUUUUAAGUCAAAUCAGUCACCAAGGAAUUGUACUGUUAGACCGAUCUCGGCCUACGUAGAUAAAGGCCAUGACCAUGGUGGCCAACCAGAGCCUGGCCCUCAACUACACGGGAUCCGACUCGGAGGCUUUGGGAUUUCCGUCUGAAAACGAAGCCCACGGGAUGGAAGUAUUCGACGAGGAGCACUCGGGAGCGAUGGCCAUGAUCUUUGAGUUCAUCAUCCCGGGCGUGUUGCUCAACACCAUUGGUCUUCUGGGCUUAGUGGGGAACUUGAUCUCGAUUAUCGUGCUGAGCCGACCCCAGAUGAAGAGCUCGAUUAACUGCAUUCUCAUUGGUCUGGCCACUUUCGACUCGAUCCUCAUUGUGACCUCGAUCCUCAUGUUCGGCUUCCCGGCCGUGUACGCCUACACCCAAAGCGUGUUCGACUACUAUGUCUUUCACCUGUUCCCGUACAUGACCCCGUUUAUUUACCCCAUUGGCAUGAUCGCCCAAACGGGCAGUGCCUAUCUGACCUUGUGCGUGACCCUGGAGCGCUACGUGGCCGUGUGUCUGCCCUUGAAGGCCCGCUCUCUAUGCACCUACACACGGGCCUGCUGGUACGUGUUCGGGAUCACGCUUUUCGCGGGUGUGUACAAUUUGCCCAGGUUCUGGGAGGUGUCCUGGUAUUCGUCCUUUGAUCAUGAGUUCAACCAGACGCGCACGGACAUCAUUCCCACGGCCUUGAGGGAUAACCAGAUCUACAUCAGUGUGUACAUCACGUGGAUGUAUCUGGUGGUGAUGUACAUCAUCCCGUUUUGCAGUCUGGCCGUGCUGAACUUGAUCAUUUACCACGAAGUUCGUCGCGCCAAUUCCGAGCGGGCUCGACUCACCCGCCUCCAGCAAAAGGAAAUCGGUUUGGCCACCAUGCUCAUGGUGGUGGUGAUCGCCUUCUUCUUGUGCAACGUCUUGGCUCUAGUAGUGAACAUCCUGGAAUUGAAUCACAUCAAUGUGAUGCCCUUGAACAAUGUGUCCAACAUGCUCAUCACUCUCAACUCCUCGUUGAACUUUAUCAUCUACUGCAUUUUCGGCGAGAAGUUCAAGCGCAUAUUUUUCCGACUCUUCUGUCCCACCCUCAUGAAAGCCAAGACCACGAGUGAAUACAUGCAGCGUUAUCCAAUUGGCGCCCAGGCCAAUAAUCGCUCGCCCCCACAUGCUCCACAACGACCAGGACCACCACAAAAGAACCCACUUGUCGUCCCUCUCACACCCAAGCAUCACCAGCCUCGAUGCCACCCAAGGCCAGGGCCAAGUGACAAAGAUAGUGCGGCCAAUAACAACCACCCUGAACCACAUUCGACUCGUCCACCACCUCCACUUAGAGGCCGACCUGCCACCGUAUUAUCUUCCAUCAGAGAUAGCAGAGGGCCUCGAGGGCUAUUGAACCGCCAGAACAGAAGGAGGUCAAACGUCAUCCUCGAAGAAUUGCUCCCAUUAAGAGCCCCAGAGAGUCUCGGAGGUGAAAAUCAAGGACGAGGACCGCCGAAUCAUGACCCGACAACCACCACCACCACCACUGCAAUUGGUACCACUUCUACUGCCAUACCCCACGAUGACAGGAAUGGAUCAGAUGUGGUUUGCACCCCCUCGUCAAGUGCUUCAAACUCACCCGGGACUAACCCCACCCGUCAAAAAAUGAGACUCAAAGCCAUCCAGUUGAAUCGAGAUGAAUGCUGUUGCUCUUUGUCAUCCUCGGCGAGGUCACCCAGCCCUCCCGGAUCCAGAUUGAGCAAACAUGAAGUCCUCUAUUGGUGCCUUUGUUGCGGAGGACUCGACAAAUUUGGAUCAUUUUCGCCAUCCAAUUGGAACAAGAGGUCCUCAGAGCCCCGACGUCAUCACCAUCGACGUCGACGUCAACCACACCGACGAUCCUCGUCCCAAUUGUGGUUCCAUCGCCACACACUCCGGACCACCCUCACGGCCUCCAUGGAUGAGCCACUCGAGUUCGAUGAGCAUGGGACGGAUGUGGAUUUCAAGUAUCCUGAAGACCACGUCCGACUCUUGGAUGCACACAAGUCGAGGGGCAUCCAUUGUCCCGCGGAUUGUAAACAUUCCCAAGAGGGCUGCUUGGAACAAGAUGAGGACGACGACAACGACGACGACGACGACGACGACGACGAUGAACAAGACGAGAGAGAAAAGGACAGGUUGAGGAUGGACAAUUUUGCACGUGGAAGUCGCUCAACACGAAACAGAUUAGGCGCGAGAUCACUCAAGUGUUUGAAAAGUGAUCCAAACAAAGGCUGCCUCGAUCCUCUUGGGCAGCAGCAGUGCCACCGGCAAGAUAUCACGAUAACAGUAAACAUCAAUGCACCAUCUGUUUCGAGUGCGGGAUCGCCUGCUAGCAGGACCGCCGGGGGGAGGGUUCCCUAUCGAACAGCCUCAGUCAGGCCAUUUCAAUCCGUGGUGUCAGAGCAUCUCGACGAUGUCAAUCACCCGAGGGACAGGAUCCACCCGCAUCCCCUUCAAUAUCAGUGCAUUGGACCAAAGCGGGACAGAAAUCAGCGUGGAGGCUGCCCUCACCUACUCGAUUCGUUCGGGACAAACAAUGAGAAACAGGGCUGGGUUGUUGACGACAUGGACAACAACCCCAGUCUCGAGGAGGCCUCGUACUUAGGGUUGAUAAAUGCUUCUACCAAAGCAAACAUCGUCAACAACACCACCGUUGCCAGCAUUAUUCAUUCAGGUGGUGACACCCACCUCAUUGACACGAUGCGUGGUGAAAGAGAUCUCUGUAGGAAUGACAAUCAUAUUGAUGACGAUGGGGCGGAGGAGCUAGAGGAGCAGGAGAAGAAGAAACAGGAGCAAGAGCAAGAAAUGGAACGCGAAGAAAUGGACGGGAAGAUGGAGGAAGAAUCCAUGACUGUCAACAGCCUCAACACCUUUCCCCACCAAGUGAAUGAUUGUAAUCGCCACAAUCAAGCCAAACUGAAGGGGGAAACGACGUCCCUGACAAUGGCAGAACUAAGAACGAAGUGUGUCGAGACAGCACCUUUUGUCGUUGUUGGGAGGGAGGAAACGACGAACAAAGUCACCGAUGAAGAAAAGUUCCAACUUCAGAAGAGUACCCCAUAGCGUCAAUGUAUUCCGCCAAGAAAAAUGAAUGUGGACUGAAUGAAGUCCCCCCAUGGUUGGUGCCAAUUGAUCCAGAAGGACUGGACCGACUCAAACGCUUGUCCACGUGAUCCAAGACAGCUUGGGAUUUGGUCAAAAUCUGUCGACCAUCAUUCCACCAUGGAUCGGGAAACUUAUCACCACUUUUUUUAGAAUUCCUGAUGAGGUUGGUUUGAAACGUCUACUCGGAAAGUUGCUCGAAAAAUCCUAAUGAUUCGAAAUAUAUGUGAUCAAUGUUCAUCCGUGA